ACUACUUGGAGACAGAAAACCAAAAGAUCUUUCUAGUUUCAACGACAGAAACCAUUUCGAACAACAACGGAGUGAAGAAAAAAGCUUCAGAGAAAUUGCAGGAGGAAAAAUUUGCUCGCGCUUUGGAUCUGAAAGAAGAAACCGCAUACCUCGAUAGGGGUUUUUCUUCUCGUAUGACAUCGCAAACGAUUGAGAGGAAGAGGAAGUCACGGAGUAGACGAGACCGAUCGACCGUGGCUGAGACUCUUGCUAAGUGGAAAGCUUAUAAUGAAUUUUCUGAGUCUUGUAACGAUGGGGGCAAGCCAAUUCGUAAAGCUCCUGCAAAAGGGUCUAAGAAGGGAUGUAUGAAAGGCAAGGGAGGGCCCUUAAAUUCACAUUGCAAUUACAGAGGUGUGAGGCAGAGGACAUGGGGAAAAUGGGUUGCGGAGAUUCGUGAACCGAACAGGGGAAGCAGGCUGUGGCUCGGUACCUUCCCCACGGCCAUUGAAGCCGCUCUAGCCUAUGACGAGGCUGCCCGGGCGAUGUAUGGCCCGUCUGCUCGCCUUAACCUUCCCAACAUUACUAACAGAGGGCAGCUCAAAGGGAUUCUUUUAGAGGAUUAUUUGAGGCUGCGAACCUCAGAUUCUUCAACUGCUACUUCGACAUGUUCUGAAUCGACAACGACGACAUCGAACCAAUCUGAGGUUUGCGUACCUGAGGAGUUUACAUUAAGGCCGCAACUUGUCUGCUCAAACAUUAAGACUGAAGAUGGAGAAGGCGAGUUGAGAACCAGUGAUCGGGCCGAUCACAUUGCAACGCCAAUGAUUUUAGAGAAGCAAGUGAAGCACGAAGAUGCUGAUGCUAAAAAUGGUGACCAAAGCAGCAAUGAACAAUCAUUCAUUUCAGGAAUUGGGAUUCCUAGUUGGGAUGAGUUACAGAACUUUCAAAUGGAUGAAGUGUUUGAUGUGGAGGAGCUGCUAGGCCUGAUAAACAGCGAUCCCUUGUAUGAUCCAAGCAUUUUGGAGGGCAAUGCGAAUGGUUCUAAUAACAUGAUGCCUUCCCAAGUUGGCAAUGUUGGGUUUGAGAAGCCAUCAAACUUGUUAUAUCAGUUCCAAAAUCCAGACGCAAAGCUGCUCGGAAGUCUCCAACACACGGAGCAAACUCCGGCUGAUUUCGACGGUGGAUUCGAUUUCUUGAAGCAGGGGAGGGAGGAGGAUAUGAAUGCUGCAGCAGAUGAUUAUGUAAGAUACUUGAAUUAUGAGACGGGCGAUUUGGGUUUCUGAAGUUGCUGACUUCUGUAGUUGUGUUUUGUAAACUACGAUAAGUAUUGGAGCUGACGAAUUCUCCAUAGGUUUUAGUUUGGAGAAUAUGGGAUGCUUUUUUCUGAUCUGUGAAUCAGAUACCGAGUUAUGUACAGUUUCCUUUAUUUAGAUCUAACAAAGUUCUUUCAAUACGUUUAAUAAAAUGCGCCUGCAUGGCACUUCUGGAUUCCAAGGAUUGGAAUAAAUUGUGUUUAUUUUU